GGGGAAUAGAAUAUAGAGGGAAAGGAAGAAUUUGGCAUUUUUCCACACUUCCAUCUUCCGAUUCUAUAUUUUCUUUCUGGUGUGCGUCGAAUUAAUUUCUAUGAUUUGCAGACUUCUUCUGCCCAGAUCACCAGUCGCGGUCUCUCACUCAGUGGCAAGAAGAUAAGAUACCCAAAAAUUUCUGCAAUUUCUUAGAUCUAUUCCCAUUUGAUGCACUGAUUUUAUACCAAUUUACAAAUGGGUAUUUUGUUUACUCGCCUCUUUUCUUCUCUCUUCGGCAAUAAAGAAGCUCGAAUCCUCGUCCUUGGUCUUGAUAAUGCUGGCAAAACCACCAUUCUCUAUCGGCUUCAGAUGGGUGAGGUAGUUUCUACUAUACCAACUAUUGGAUUCAAUGUGGAAACAGUGCAGUACAAAAACAUUAAAUUCCAAGUGUGGGAUCUGGGUGGGCAGACAAGUAUAAGGCCUUACUGGAGAUGUUAUUUUCCAAACACUCAAGCAAUAAUCUACGUGGUAGACUCAAGUGAUACUGAUCGGCUUGCAAUAGCCAAGGAUGAGUUUCAUGCUAUUUUGGAGGAGGAAGAACUGAAGGGCGCCGUGGUCCUAAUUUUUGCUAACAAGCAGGAUCUGCCAGGUGCACUUGACGAUGCUGCUGUUACUGAGGCAUUGGAGCUUCACAAGAUCAAAAGCCGACAAUGGGCAAUCUUCAAGACUUCUGCCACCAAAGGAGAAGGCCUUUUUGAGGGCUUAGACUGGUUGAGUAAUACACUGAAAUCUGGAAGUGGUUAACUUCUCUUUGAAAGAAGGUAACAGUAAAUCAUGUAGCUGAUGAGGAGCAAAAACGAGAUUAUAUUUGAUAGGGAGUGUUACUUUGUGAUCAAAAUUUGAGACUGGAGGAAACCGUUAUUGUUCAUCUUUGGUGAAUUUCACCACCGAUAGACGUGUAUAAUUUUUUUGUCACUUAUAUGAAGAGAAUAAUAUUGGAGAUUCCAUCAUUGAUCGUGGUCCAUAACCCGAAUUCGUGGUUUCCAUGCUUGUUGGUUUGCCUUAAAUAUUGGUCUAAUGGUGCAUUGCUCUAAUGAAGCUACACAUUAUCCA